AAGCCACCAAUCGACGAGCAGAGAGUUUGGUAGAGUCAAAGAAUAUGAAUGAUUCACGCACGAACUCCUAUAAAAAUCACCCACCAUUUCACAAUUCCACCAUUUUUGCCGAGCUCAAUCAAGCCCUCUUUCUCUCUCCUCUUUCUUACUCCACCCGAAAUACACAGUGAUUGACCAAUAGUCAAAGACUCAAAGGAGAGAGAGAGGAAGGGGAUUGACCAUUAAGCCAUGGAUAACUUGCAGUCUCACAAGAAGGAGAUGGUGGGCAUUGCAGUUGCUGUUGCUGCCAUUGGUGUUGGCACUGCCUAUUAUUUAUAUCUUUCCAAAAAUACCAAAUCCAAACGUUGCUUGGACCCUGAAACGUUCAAGGAAUUUAAGCUCGUGGAACGGACCGAGCUAAGUCAUAAUGUUGCGAAGUUUAGAUUUGCUCUUCCUACACCAGAUUCAGUGUUGGGUCUUCCAAUUGGACAGCAUAUGAGUUGCAGAGGAAAAGAUGCUAAAGGUGAGGAUGUUAUGAAAGCUUAUACACCUACAACGUUGGAUUCUGAUGUAGGGUAUUUUGAGUUAGUCAUAAAGAUGUAUCCACAAGGAAGAAUGUCGCACCAUUUCCGAGAGAUGCGUGAAGGUGAUUACCUGUCUGUCAAGGGGCCCAAGGGACGUUUUAAGUAUCAGCCUGGAAAAGUUAGAGCUUUUGGUAUGAUUGCUGGAGGUACAGGAAUUACUCCAAUGUUUCAGGUCGCUAGAGCCAUAUUAGAGAAUUCAAGUGAUAAGACCAAAGUUCAUUUAAUUUAUGCAAAUGUCACAUAUGAUGAUAUUCUUUUAAAGGAAGAGCUAGAUAGUUUUGCCCACAAGUUUCCAGAUCAGUUUUCCAUUUACUAUGUCCUGAAUGAGCCACCUAAAGAAUGGAGUGGAGGAGUCGGUUUUGUAUCUGCAAAAAUGAUACAGGAUCAUUGCCCUGAACCUGCCUCUGAUAUUCAGAUGUUGAGGUGUGGACCGCCUCCAAUGAACAAGGCCAUGGCUGCUCAUCUUGAAUCUCUAGGAUACACUUCCCAGAUGCAAUUCCAAUUUUAAAGUUAACUUAUCUAUAUCGAUUUUUUCCCUCUUUUUUGUCUCCUACUACCAUGGGGGGCUUAUAUUAUUCAACAAUAUAAUAUUUUUUGUCAUCAUGGACAAAAUGGUUGAAACACUGAUGAUCCUCAUUUUGGAUGCUGAUAACUGCAGAUUAUCGUUGGUUGAACAUUAAAUCGAGUCAGAUUCUUCUGUUUUUUUUUUUUUU